AAUCGUGUGAAAAGGAACCACAAGUCUAUGAAAGCCUGAAUAUCCCAGGUAUACCAGAGAAGUAACCUGAAGGCUUCAUUUUCCUACGUAAUGUACAGUUUCAGAAUGUCUUAUGUUACAGCAGCAGAUCUUGAGCCAGAUGAUUGUGCAUCCAUUUACAUCUUUAAUGUAGAUCCACCUCCAUCUACUUUAAACACACCACUUUGCUUACCACAUCAUGGAUUACCGUCUCACUCUUCUGUUUUGUCACCAUCGUUUCAGCUCCAAAGUCACAAAAACUAUGAAGGAACUUGUGAGAGUCCUGAAUCUAAAUAUAGCCCAUUAGGUGGUCCCAAACCCUUUGAGUGCCCAAGUAUUCAAAUUACAUCUAUCUCUCCUAACUGUCAUCAAGAAAUAGAUGCACAUGAAGAUGACCUACAGAUAAAUGACCCAGAACGGGAAUUUUUGGAAAGGCCUUCUAGAGAUCAUCUCUAUCUUCCUCUUGAGCCAUCCUACCGGGAGUCUUCUCUUAGUCCUAGUCCUGCCAGCAGCAUCUCUUCUAGGAGCUGGUUCUCUGAUGCAUCUUCUUGUGAAUCACUUUCACAUAUUUAUGAUGAUGUGGACUCAGAGUUGAAUGAAGCUGCAGCCCGAUUUACCCUUGGAUCCCCUCUGACUUCUCCUGGUGGCUCUCCAGGGGGCUGCCCUGGAGAAGAAACUUGGCAUCAACAGUAUGGACUUGGACACUCAUUAUCACCCAGGCAAUCUCCUUGCCACUCUCCUAGAUCCAGUGUCACUGAUGAGAAUUGGCUGAGCCCCAGGCCAGCCUCAGGACCCUCAUCAAGGCCCACGUCUCCCUGUGGGAAACGGAGGCACUCCAGUGCUGAAGUUUGUUAUGCUGGGUCCCUUUCACCCCAUCACUCACCUGUUCCUUCUCCUGGUCACUCCCCCAGGGGAAGUGUGACAGAAGAUACCUGGCUAAAUGCUUCUGUCCAUGGUGGGUCAGGCUUUGGCCCUGCAGUUUUUCCAUUUCAGUACUGUGUAGAGACUGACAUCCCUCUGAAAACAAGGAAAACUUCUGAAGAUCAAGCUGCCAUAGUACCAGGAAAAUUAGAGCUCUGUUCAGAUGACCAAGGAAGUUUAUCACCAUCCCGGGAGACUUCAAUAGAUGAUGGCCUUGGAUCUCAGUAUCCUUUAAAGAAAGAUUCAUCUGGUGAUCAGUUUCUUUCAGUUCCUUCACCCUUUACCUGGAGCAAACCAAAGCCUGGCCACACCCCUAUAUUUCGCACAUCAUCAUUACCUCCACUAGACUGGCCUUUACCAGCUCAUUUUGGACAAUGUGAACUGAAAAUAGAAGUGCAACCUAAAACUCAUCAUCGAGCCCAUUAUGAAACUGAAGGUAGCCGAGGGGCAGUAAAAGCAUCUACUGGGGGACAUCCUGUUGUGAAGCUCCUGGGCUAUAACGAAAAGCCGAUAAAUCUACAAAUGUUUAUUGGGACAGCAGAUGAUCGAUAUUUACGACCUCAUGCAUUUUACCAGGUGCAUCGAAUCACUGGGAAGACAGUCGCUACUGCAAGCCAAGAGAUAAUAAUUGCCAGUACAAAAGUUCUGGAAAUUCCACUUCUUCCUGAAAACAAUAUGUCAGCCAGUAUUGAUUGUGCAGGUAUUUUGAAACUCCGCAAUUCAGAUAUAGAACUUCGAAAAGGAGAAACUGAUAUUGGCAGAAAGAAUACUAGAGUACGACUUGUGUUUCGUGUACACAUCCCACAGCCCAAUGGAAAAGUCCUUUCUCUGCAGAUAGCCUCUAUACCCGUUGAGUGCUCCCAGCGGUCUGCUCAAGAACUUCCUCAUAUUGAGAAGUACAGUAUCAACAGUUGUUCUGUAAAUGGAGGUCAUGAAAUGAUUGUGACUGGAUCUAAUUUUCUUCCAGAAUCCAAAAUCAUUUUUCUUGAAAAAGGACAAGAUGGACGACCUCAUUGGGAGGUAGAAGGGAAGAUAAUCAGGGAAAAAUGUCAAGGGGCUCACAUUGUCCUUGAAGUUCCUCCAUAUCAUAACCCAGCAGUUACAGCUGCAGUGCAGGUGCACUUUUAUCUUUGCAAUGGCAAGAGGAAAAAAAGCCAGUCUCAACGUUUUACUUACACACCAGUUUUGAUGAAGCAAGAACACAGAGAAGAGAUUGAUUUGUCUUCAGUUCCAUCUUUGCCUGUGCCUCAUCCUGCUCAGACCCAGAGGCCUUCCUCUGAUUCAGGGCAUUCACGUGACAGUGUACUGUCAGCACAGAGAAGUUUGGUUUGUUCCAUCCCACAAACAUAUGCAUCCAUGGUGACCUCAUCCCAUCUGCCACAGUUGCAGUGUAGAGAAAAAAAAAAAAGUAAAGAACAGCAUAUGAUUCCUUCUCCAGUUGUACACCAGCCUUUUCAAGUCACACCAACACCUCCUGUGGGGUCUUCCUAUCAGCCUAUGCAAACUAACGUUGUGUACAAAAAAAAAAAUUGUCUUCCUAUUAAUGCUGCCUCUAGUCAAGAAUUUGAUUCAGUUUUGUUUCAGCAGGAUGCAACUCUUCCUGGUUUAGUGAAUCUUGGCUGUCAACCACUGUCAUCCAUACCAUUUCAUUCUUCAAAUUCAGGCUCAACAGGACAUCUCUUAGCCCAUACACCUCAUUCUAAAAAAAAAAAGCCUCAUCUACAAUCAAUGGGAUAUCAUUGUUCAAAUACAGGACAAAGAUAAAAAAAAAAACCAGUGACUGACCAGAUUACCGGUCAGCCUUCUUCUCAGUUACAACCUGUAAAAAAAAAAACUUCACAUUCAGGGUCUGCUACAACAGCUUCCCCAGCAGCUUCUCAUCCCAAAAAAAAAAAACCACUUUCUGGGCCACCGUCUCCUCAGCUUCAGUCUAUGCCUUACCAAUCUCCUAGCUCAGGAACUGCCUCAUCACCGUCUCCAGCCACCAGAAUGCAUUCUGGACAGCAAAAAAAAAAAACACAAAGUACAGGCCAGGGGGGUCUUUCUGCACCUUCAUCCUUAAUAUGUAAAAAAAAAAAUGAUCCAGCUUCAUUUCCACCUGAUGGGGCAACCGUGAGCAUUAAACCUGAAAAAAAAAAACGGGAGCCUAACUUUGCAACCAUUGGUCUGCAGGACAUCACUUUAGAUGAAGUGAACGAGAUAAUUGGGAGAGACAUGUCCCAGAUUUCUGUUUCCCAAGGAGCAGGGGUGAGCAGGCAGGCUCCCCUCCCGAGUCCUGAGUCCCUGGAUUUAGGAAGAUCUGAUGGACUCUAACAGUGCUCACUGCAGCCUUGUGUCCACCAUCAACUUCUCAGCAUGUUUCUCUCCUUGGACCUUGGGUUUCCAACUCUGCAGCCUUCAGGUCUGGCACCAGGAGUGGGACUCACCAUUUGUGGGGAAAGCAGCGUUCCUCCACCUCAGGCCUUGGGUAGAUUUUGUAAAAGAACAGGAGCAGCAUAGGCUGUUUGAGCUUUGAGGAAACGAGCUUUGCUUUUUAUAUUUAACUAGGAUACUUUUACGUGAUGGGUGCUUUGAGUGUGAAUGCAGCAGGCUCUUGUUUCCGAGGUGCUGCUUUUGCAGGUGACCUGUUACUUAGAGAGGAUUGGUGAUUUGUACUGCUUUAUGGUCAUUUGAAGGGCCCUUUAGUUUUUAUGAUAAUUUUUAAAAUAGGAACUUUUGAUAAGACCUUCCAGAAGCAAAAAAAAAAAAAAAAGAAGAAAAAGAAAAAAAAGAAAAAAAUCCCAAGCCCACACCUAUGCCUCAGAAAGUCAGCAUGUGUCCUAAAGAUUUUCAUAGAUUUAUAGGAAAUAAAGCCAAAUGUAGCUCAUACCUCUUUAUAAAACUAAACUGUUGUUAGAUAAAAUGAGAAGAGACCAUUCCAUCAUUGAAGUGUUGGAAUAUAAGAAGACAUUCCAGAGCAUAGCCUUUUGGUAACUUUCUAGGUAAUCUUGCAAUCUCUCCAUACUGGCUCCAUGUUGAAAUUGCUUUUUCCCUCAGGACCCUGGGUUACAUGGCUACAUUUAAGGUGACUCUGAAUGGUGGGGUUUUAGCUUGGUCACUUUCAUUUCUUGCCAUGAUAAAAACUAGUAAGCUGUUCAGUGCUCUUCCUAUUUGUGUCAUCUGGUCCUAGAACCUUUUCCAAACAGGAGCAUCUGCCUUUGCUGUUCUGUGACCUUUGAAGUCAGUCUCACUGUGGUUUAGGCAGCUUCGCAGUUGUAACUCUUCUCUAGAGGCCAGGCUGUGUGCAGAGCUAAAGCACAGGUGAGCUGUACAUCAGCAUGGGCAGAGAAAAUAGAGGACUCCAGAUGGGAAGGUUUUAAGAGUCACACUAGCAUGGAAGGCUUAUCUGCCAUUCUGUUUAUAGCCCAAAAUGAUUCUGACCUACCCUGUCCUGUCUGUAUGAUCUAAAAACCCGCCUUUUCCCCAGAAGGCUCUGAGCACAUCCAGAAGUGAUAACCUGACCCUCCACACCAAAGACACCCUGGUGCUGCUGCUGGUGAGACUGGUGUCUAAGGCAGGGCCCAGCAGAAACUGCAGCCUGCUGUCUACCAAAGGAGGUACCCAAGUUGGGUACUUUAGAAAAAAAAAAACCUGCCCUUACCCCUCUCCCUAGUGGGAUCUUUUACCUGUUCCUGGGCCUAUUACAGAGCCUCUGAAGUUUGCAGUAUGCUUUCAAAUGAAAUAAUAUACUUCCACUGAUUCAGGAAGCAGAUUUUUUGAGUGCCUAUAUGUGAGACAGUGUGCUGGUUGAAGGCCUGAUGCUGUUAUUCCAGGAGACUGCAGGCCCUUGAUGCCAGGACUCUCUCUACUGAGGCCAGUUCAGGCCUGGGAAAGGGAGCUGGCCUAUUGCCCACCACCUGUUGUCAGUAGGGUUGGAGCUGUUGACUCAGGAUGAGGAAGUAUGGUCUUUAAAAAAAAACAAAAAUGUAUUUCAGAUUUCUCCUCUAAAGUUAGAGAAAAAGAUCUGUCCUUCAGCAGAUCACUGUGGCCCGUCUUGGAGCUGGGUGGUUUCAAAUUUUCUUGAAAAGUGAGUUGUGUCACAGAAUGUGGAUAGUGAGAUUUGCUUCUGGGCCUGUGGUUGGAAGCCCACAGCUUCCUUUGGAGGGGCAAGAAGUUGGCCUCUCGAUUGACAUUCCAGAGAAAUGGCCAGACUUGCCUCUACCCUUUUGCCCCUGGUGUAGCUGCCUCACAUGGGAUUAUUGCAAGAGUUCCCCUUGCAAUACCCUUUGGGGGCUGCUUUGCUGCCCUCAAGAAUUAAAAGCCUCUAUGAUCCAGAGUUGCUAUGCACCAAAUUUUGAUGCCUUCUAAAUACCUUGAUGCCUGUAGCACUAGAAAUGCUUUCCUAUUUAAAAUAAACAUUAAAUUUUAAAAUA